CACCGCCAUCUUGGCCGCCAUUUGCGAACGGCCCUGAGCUCGGAGGCGAGGGGGCUGUAGCAGCGGGGCCGCCUUGGCCGCCCCUCUCCUCAGACUGGUCUCGGGCCGCGGCCGUCGCUCUGGCCUCCACGUCACCCGCUCCGCGGCGGCCGGAAGCGCAGCGCAGCGCGCGCCCGAGGUGUGAUCGCCGCGUCCCCGCGCCUCCCAGGGCCGAGGCGGCGGCGUUCCCCUCGGAGGCCGCAGCUCGCGGGCCGCCGCGAUGGCCCUCAAGAUGGUCAAGGGCAGCAUCGACCGCAUGUUCGACAAGAACCUGCAGGAUCUGGUGCGCGGCAUCCGCAACCACAAGGAGGACGAGGCCAAGUACAUCUCUCAGUGCAUCGACGAGAUCAAGCAGGAACUGAAACAGGACAACAUCGCUGUGAAGGCCAACGCUGUCUGCAAGCUCACCUACUUACAGAUGCUUGGGUACGACAUCAGCUGGGCUGCCUUCAACAUCAUUGAAGUCAUGAGCGCCUCCAAGUUCACAUUCAAGCGUGUCGGCUACCUUGCCGCCUCCCAGUGCUUCCACGAAGGCACCGAUGUCAUCAUGCUGACCACCAACCAGAUCCGCAAGGACCUGAGCAGCCCCAGCCAGUACGACACUGGAGUGGCACUGACUGGUCUGUCCUGUUUUGUCACCCCAGAUCUUGCCAGAGACCUGGCAAAUGACAUCAUGACCCUGAUGUCUCACACGAAGCCGUAUAUCAGGAAGAAGGCAGUCCUGAUCAUGUACAAAGUGUUCCUCAAGUACCCCGAGUCGCUGCGUCCCGCCUUCCCCCGGCUCAAGGAGAAGCUGGAAGACCCAGACCCAGGGGUGCAGUCUGCAGCUGUUAAUGUUAUUUGCGAGCUAGCACGUCGCAACCCUAAGAACUACCUGUCCUUGGCCCCGCUGUUUUUCAAGCUCAUGACAUCCUCCACCAACAACUGGGUCCUUAUCAAGAUCAUCAAGCUGUUCGGCGCCCUGACUCCCCUGGAGCCCAGACUGGGCAAGAAGCUGAUCGAGCCUCUCACCAACCUCAUUCACAGCACCUCUGCCAUGUCUCUGCUGUACGAGUGUGUGAAUACCGUGAUUGCAGUGCUCAUCUCAUUGUCUUCGGGCAUGCCCAACCACAGUGCCAGCAUCCAGCUCUGCGUUCAGAAGUUGAGGAUACUGAUUGAAGACUCAGACCAGAACCUAAAGUACCUGGGGCUGCUGGCCAUGUCUAAAAUCCUGAAGACACACCCCAAGUCCGUGCAGUCCCACAAGGACCUGAUCCUGCAGUGCCUGGAUGACAAGGAUGAGUCCAUCCGCCUACGUGCCCUCGACCUGCUCUAUGGAAUGGUGUCCAAGAAGAACCUGAUGGAGAUUGUGAAAAAGCUGAUGACCCACGUGGACAAGGCCGAGGGCACCACCUACCGCGAUGAGCUUCUCACCAAGAUCAUUGACAUCUGCAGCCAGUCCAACUACCAGCACAUCACCAACUUCGAGUGGUACAUCAGCAUCCUUGUGGAGCUGACAAGACUGGAGGGUACCCGCCAUGGCCAUCUCAUCGCUGCACAGAUGCUGGAUGUGGCCAUCCGUGUCAAGGCCAUUCGCAAAUUUGCUGUGUCCCAGAUGUCUGCACUGCUUGACAGUGCCCACCUGGUGGCUAGCAGCACCCAGCGCAAUGGCAUCUGUGAGGUGCUCUAUGCUGCUGCUUGGAUCUGUGGGGAGUUCUCAGAGCACCUACAGGAGCCCCAGCAAACUCUGGAGGCCAUGCUGCGGCCCAAGGUCACCACACUGCCCGGCCACAUCCAGGCUGUGUAUGUGCAGAACGUGGUAAAGCUGUACGCGUCCAUCCUGCAGCAGAAGGAGCAGGCCGCCGACACGGAGGCUGCACAGGAGGUCACCCAGCUGCUGGUGGAGCGGUUGCCGCAGUUUGUGCAGAGUGCUGACUUGGAGGUGCAGGAGCGGGCAUCCUGCAUCCUGCAGCUGGUCAAGCAUGUGCAGAAGCUGCAGGCAAAAGGUGUGCCGGUGGCUGAGGAAGUGAGCGCCUUGUUCGCUGGUGAACUGAAUCCCGUGGCCCCCAAGGCUCAGAAGAAGGUCCCAGUUCCUGAAGGCCUAGACCUGGAUGCCUGGAUCAAUGAGCCACCUUCGGACAGUGAGUCUGAGGAUGAGAAACCCAAGGCCAUCUUCCAUGAAGAGGAGCCAAGGCACACACGGCGCCGGCAGCCUGAGGAGGAUGAGGAGGAGCUGGCGCGGCGACGAGAGGCCCGGAAGCAGGAGCAAGCCAACAACCCUUUCUACAUCAAGAGCUCCCCGUCCCCACAGAAGCGAUACCAGGACACACCAGGCGUAGAGCAUAUUCCCGUGGUACAGAUCGACCUCUCAGUGCCUCUGAAAGUUCCAGGCAUGCCCAUGUCAGACCAGUACGUAAAGCUGGAGGAGCAGCGGCGGCACCGGCAGCGGAUGGAGAAGGACAAGAAAAGGAAGAAGAAGGAGAAGGGCAAGCGCCGCCACAGCUCUCUGCCCACAGAGAGUGAUGAGGACAUCGCCCCUGCCCAGCGCGUGGACAUCGUCACCGAGGAGAUGCCUGAGAAUGCUCUGCCUAGUGAUGAGGAUGACAAAGACCCCAAUGACCCCUACAGGGCGCUGGACAUUGACUUGGAUAAGCCCUUGGCUGACAGUGAGAAGCUGCCUGUCCAGAAACACAGGAAUGCUGAGGCUGUGAAGUCCCCAGAGAAGGAAAGUGUCCCCACUGUAGAGAAGAAAAGCAAGAAGCCCAAAAAGAAGGAGAAGAAGCCCAAAGAGAGAGAGAGAGAGAAGAAGAAGGACAAAAAGGGCGAGGACUUAGACUUCUGGCUGUCCACCACUCCACCACCUGCUGCUGUCCCCGUUCUUGCCCCAUCCACGGAAGAACUUGCUGUGAGUACUGUCACCCUGGCUAAGGACGAGGGUGAGGGACUCAGGAGAGAGGAGCUGGAGGACGAGGAGGACAACAUGGAUCAUGACCAGGAAAGGAAAUCAUCCCGGCACAAGAAGAAGAAACACAGGAAGGAGAAGGAGGAGAGGCCACGAGACAAAAAGAAAGCCAAGAGGAAGCAGGCAGCGCCGCUGGAGAAUGGUGCAGCAGAGGAGGAGGAGCCCAUCCCGCCCAUGUCCAGCUACUGCCUUCUGGCUGAGAAUUCCUACAUUAAAGUGACAUACGACAUCCAAGCCAGCCUACAGAAGGACAGCCAAGUGACCGUGUCGGUCAUCCUGGAGAACCAGAGCAACAGCUUCCUGAAGAACAUGGAGCUCAACGUGCUGGACUCGCUCAACACCAAGAUGGCCCGGCCGGAGGGCUCCUCAGUGCAUGAUGGUGUGCCCGUUCCUUUCCAGCUGCCCCCUGGCGUCUCCAAUGAGGCCCAGUUUGUGUUCACCAUUCAGAGCAUCGUCAUGGCCCAGAAGCUCAAAGGCACACUGUCCUUCAUUGCCAAGGACGACGAAGGGGCCACCCAUGAGAAGUUAGACUUCCGACUGCACUUCAGUUGUAGCUCCUACCUGAUCACCACGCCCUGCUACAGCGAUGCCUUUGCCAAGUUGCUGGAAUCAGGAGACCUGAGCAUGAACUCUAUCAAAGUCGAUGGCAUUAGUAUGUCUUUCCAGAACCUCCUGGCAAAGAUCUGUUUCCACCACCAUUUUUCCGUUGUGGAGCGAGUAGACUCCUGUGCCUCCAUGUACAGCCGCUCCAUCCAGGGCCACCAUGUCUGCCUGCUGGUGAAGAAGGGUGAGAGCUCCGUGUCGGUAGAUGGGAAAUGCAGUGAUGCCACGCUGCUCAGCAGCCUGCUGGAAGAGAUGAAGACCACGCUGGCCCAGUGCUGAGUGACAGAGUCCAGGAUGCCCGACAGACCACAGACAGAUGUGAUGGGUCUUGCCUCUCCUCUCCUUUGUCAUGUGUACUGUCCCCACACCCAGCAUUAAUUUAAUGCCACCGGCCUCCACUGUGUGACUCUGAGGUCCUAUGUUGCAUCAACUUAUUUUAUUAUCCUUUUGUUAUUCUGACCCGCACUCCUUUGGCAAGAAAGGCCAUUCCAAUUCCAACCCUAGCCAGCAAGGGACUCCCAGCUCCACUCCCCAUUCUUGAAGAUGGCUGUGGGGACUCCAGGCUGGUGGGCCUCUGGGUUUUCAGCAAACGGUGGGACUGAUGUGUCCACACUCUUCUGCCCCCAUGCUGCCUCUGGAGGAACUCUUCCAGCUGCUGCUGUCCCCAAAUACCCUGACUGGUGGUGUCUGUGGAGAGGUGAGCAGGCCAGCUAUUACCACAUUUCUUGCUAUUGUCUGUGUGGCCAGAUGGAUGAAGUGUGCUUGUGGGUCAGCUCAGCUGCUGACAGCAGGGACAGCCCUUUGAUUUUCUUCUGUUCAACAGAAUUCUGGUGGGAUUCUGUUGAGGAGGUGGUCAGUGGAUGAGUGCAAUCCAUGCCCCUCAGUUUGUCACUACACAUCAUGGGUUUGUCUCUGCGCUGUGCCACAGCUGUGGAGGCCGAGUGCCUUGCAGUGGAGAGAGUGUGCAUCCUGGGAGCAUUCGCUGCUUACCCAGCCAUUCUGGGCAAGGUGAGGGACCCCAGCCUGGACACUCCCUAUAGCUGGGUAGCUGGGCACAAGCUGAGCCUUCCUCAUUGGUGGUGGUGGUCUGCAGACAUUCUGGCUCUUCCUUUGAGGACUGCUGUCACUUCAGCAUGUAGAGUACUCCGUCACCGACCCCAGUGACCCUCCAGCUCUAUGAUGUUCCAUGAUUGAUUUGCUGCCGACAUUCCCGUGUAAAGAGAGAUAUAUCACGCUGCUGAUGAUCAGUGUCACAAUGACCAAUAAAGAGUCGC